AUGCGCGACAAGGAAGGUGCAGGCGGCGACGCGAUCAUGGCGGCGCUCGAAGCGCAUGCCACGGAAACCAACGACGAGCCGCACAAAUCCUCGCUGUUGCACUGGCACCAGCGACUCGGCCGCCUUGCGUUCGACACGAUCAAACGCAUGGCGUGCCAUCCGCAUCAGGGAUACGGCUCAGCAACAAUAAACUCCCAACAAGACAGCGGCAAACACUCGCCCAUCGAUCGCAUCGGCGGCGUCAUCUGCUCGGACCUGAAGGGUCCAAUGACGCCGCGGGACCGACUCGGCAAUCGUUACCUUUUGAAUUUCGCUGAUCGCAAGAGCAACUACUGCCGAGUCUUCCUCGCGCGCACGAAGGACGCUUGGGCGAAGCAGUUCAAGGCGUUCCUCGUUCACUUCGAGAAGCUUUUUGGGUUCGAGCGCACGGGCAUCGCGUGCCAAGUUUCGGAGGCGCGCAAUCAGGCCUCAAACGGCAAGGCGGAACGAAUUCACCGCACAGUGCUGAACCUCGCGCGCAGCGUGAUGUUUGCCUGCGCGCUGCCCCUGAUGUUCUGGGGAGACGCGGGACCCGCGCAAGAACUCGCUGCUGCAGCGCUCGGGGCGCGCCAUCAUUGUCGGCCUCAGCGAGGAACCAAGGGCUGCAAGGUGCUGCUACCGCGUGACAACAAAGUGGUCGUCACGCAGCACAUUAAGAAUAUCAAGACAUUGACGGAGGCGCAAAACGUGCAACUCCAGCGCGCGAUGGAUGUCGGCGAUCGAGCCGGAGUCCAGGAGGAGACGGACGCGCCAGCAGCAGCAGUGGCGAACGAUGGGUGCGCAGAGGGCAACAGGGCGACGCGUAAAAGCAGAAAGCGAUGGGCGCGAGCGGCGCAUGGAACACGCGGGGCGUCGAAACGCGCAGAAGCGGCUGCUCGUCAGGAUGAGACAUCCGCAAGCGGAGAAGUCGCGAUGCGCAGCGGCAAGCGCGAAGGGUGGGAGAAGGCGAUGCAAGCAAGUAUCUCCGCGCUCGAGGCCAACGAAGUCUGGACUAUCACAAGGCGAACGGCAGGACAGCAUGCGCUGCAUACCAAAUGGGUCUACAAGACCAAGACAUAUGCGCAGGGCGACCUCGAGAGGCAGAAGGCGCGACUGGUGGCGUGUGGCAACGAACAGGUGAUUGGCGUCGACUACACGCUCACCUUCGCUGCCGUGAUGGACCUAUCGACGGUCGAAGUGAUCCUGGCCCUUGCGGCUACGUGGAUGGUGCCUGCCACGCACGGUGACAUCCCUAACGCCUACGUUGAAGCGGAAAAGGAGCCGCACCUUCACAUCUAUCUACAGAUGCCGCGCAACAUGCCAGUCUCGAAGGAGACGCUACGAGCGCAAGGCGUUUCGAACGCGAGCGAGCUGGUGCUGGAGCUGCGGAAGAGCCUCUACGGGCUCAAGCAGGCAGGCCGGCUGUGGAGCCAGCUGCUGCAUUCCAAGCUCUCUACUGCCGGUUUCACGCGGUCUACAGGUACGAGCGCGGCGGCGGUAGAGCCGUUCUUUGCAAGCCUCGCGUCGUUGUCGAACAAUGACCUGGGGCGUGUCAGCAAGUUCCUGGGCACGCGCGCGACGCACAACGGUCAGAAUGGGUACACGCUCGAUCAGGAAAGGGCCAUCAGAGACAACCUUCGCGACAACGGACUCGCUGACGCCAACUCGACGUGGACGCCGAUCGACGACAGCUGCUACGAGCUGUAG